GUGCCAUGUGGGGCCGGGGACGCCGGGCGCCUGCGCAUGCCGGGGCUGCUGCGCCACAGGAAAGGCUCGGAGAGCCCCAGACCAGGCAGCAAGGAAGCCCUCGGCUCUGCUCAGCAAAACAGCUUCUUCUGGAGGCUAUUUUUGUGGCAGAGCUGGGAACGGGGCUGGAAAAGGCCGGAAAUAUCCAGCACAAUAAAUGACCCAGAGUUCAUGCCACAAAGCCACCUCCGCCGGCGUCUCAGCGCAGCCCCGACUGUAACAUUAACCGUUCUUCCGUCGGCCGAGACAAACUCUCGGCCUCGGCUGCUGAGACCGCGGAUUUAGCCGCUCAGCGUGGCCGCCCGCUACUUGCAGGCCUAAGCGCAGCGGCAGAAAACACGUCGCUCGUCGUCUGCGGGGGCCCGGCACAACGCGCGGCGCGGGGAGCCGACCUCCCGCUGGCUGCGCGCGCGGCGGCGAGAGCCAUUAGCUGGUGAAGAGCGUUUUGGAGGGUUGAUUGUGUUUUGAUAGAGGAGGAAGAUUGAGCUGCUGCUUGCUACAGAAAGGAGCUGGUUGUUUGACUCCGGAGGCCGUCACUACCGCGGACGUGUCUCGGAGCAAGCGGCGGCGGGACGGGUGCCAGUGGAUUAGCUAAAGGCCCAGGCAGCCGUCCCCGGGGAGGAUGAGCGCCGCGGCAGCCGCGAGCCAGCCGGGGCCGUGCCUCAAAGCCCGCUGCGCGGCCGAGCGGCGGAGCUGAGGCAGGCGUGCCCGCGCCGGGCGUGCGGCCCCCCUCGCGCCGCCGCUGCGGCCCCCCGCGCGCCCAGCGGCAGCUGCUCCCCGGCCUGCGGCAGAUGCGGCGCGCGGCGAGUGCUCGGCCGUCUCCCUGGCAACCGGAGCCGGAGGGGGCCCUCGCCGCGGCCGGGGGACGCGGAUGGAAAGCUGCAGCCGGGCAGGGAGCCGGACUGGCUGGCUGACGCCAUCGGCGGCCCACGGGCGGCCGCCCUAUGCCCAGCCGCCGCCACCGCGGAGAGGCCGGAGCGAGCGCCCCGGUGCCCGGCGGGCCGCGGGACGGGCGAGCAGCGCGGGGGCCUCGGUGACGCCCUCCCCGGCCCGGCAGCGUCGUCCCUCCCCGCCCGCCGACCAUGAAGUGCUCGCUGCGCUUCUGCUUCCUCUCGACGGCCUUCCUGCUCGUCUUCAUCAUGUCCCUCCUCUUCACCUACUCCCACCACAGCAUCGCCUACCUGGACCCCGGUGGCUUGAGCAGCAUCCACCGGGUGAAGCUGGUGCCCGGCUACGCGGGGAUGCAGCGGCUCAGCAAAGGGGGGCUCUACCUGAAGAGCUGCGCCUGCCGCCGGUGCGCGGAGGACGCCGGAGCCUCCGAGUGGUUUGACAGCCACUACGACAGCAACAUCUCCCCGGUGUGGACCAAGGAGAAUAUGGACUUGCCGCUGGACGUCCAGAGGUGGUGGAUGAUGCUGCAGCCCCAGUUCAAAUCCCACAACACCUACGAAGUCCUGAGCAAGCUCUUCCAGAUCGUGCCUGGCGAGAACCCCUACAGCUCCCGCGACAGCCGGCGGUGCCGGCGCUGCGCCGUGGUGGGCAACUCGGGCAACCUGCGCGGCUCCGGCUACGGGCGAGAGAUCGACGCGCACGACUUCAUCAUGAGGAUGAACCAGGCCCCCACGGUGGGGUUUGAAGGCGACGUGGGGAGUCGGACCACUCAUCACUUCAUGUACCCAGAGAGUGCCAAGAACCUGCCUGCCAAUGUCAGCUUUGUGCUGGUGCCCUUCAAAACCCUGGACCUGCUCUGGAUUGCCAGUGCCCUCUCCACUGGCCAAAUCAGAUUCACAUACGCACCCGUGAAGCCUUUUCUGCGGGUGGACAAAGAAAAGGUGCAGAUCUACAACCCUGCCUUCUUCAAGUACAUCCACGACCGCUGGACGGAGCACCACGGGCGAUACCCCUCCACUGGCAUGUUGGUGCUCUUCUUCGCGCUCCACGUCUGCGACGAGGUGAACGUCUUCGGGUUCGGUGCCGACAGCCGAGGCAACUGGCAUCACUACUGGGAGAACAACCGCUACGCCGGGGAGUUCAGGAAGACCGGGGUGCACGACGCCGACUUCGAGGCUCACAUCAUCGACAUGCUGGCCAAAACCAGCAAGAUCGAGGUUUACCGGGGCAACUGAGGGGCCUGACAACUGCGAGUCCUCCAGCUUGCCUUUGCCAAUCAGGUUUCCGCGGCGCGGGGAAGCUCCCGCGGCCGCCUGCCCUGGCGAGGGCAGAGGGUGAAUCUUGCCGUGGCAUCCUCAAGCGAUCACCGGGAGUGCAAGGAUCGGCAGCGUGGCCCCUGCACAGCCCCGGGCAAUGGAGCUGCCCCGCCGGGUAUUUGGUGCCUCCAGCCAAUCAGGUUCUGAGCUAAAAAGGAGACUUUUUUUUAAUUAAUAUUAUUAUUAUUAAGAAACCUGUUUCAGCUGAGAAGGAUUUACAAACACAAUCAGUGACUGACUGGACGGCGGGAGCGUCCGACUUGCAUCUCUUUACAGUCAAACCAAAUGCUGCUCUUUUUAAAACAAGAAAAAAAACAAAACCCGGUGACUUUGGGGAAACUCCAAGCAAUCAUGUCCCGGGACAAGGUAGAAAGGACGUUUGAACAAUCACUUUUCCCCUCCCCGAUGCACAGUCUCACAACGCAAUGACGUUAGUGUCUUACGGACGCCAGUGCUGGCUAACCCGAGGAAAGGGGCCGAGUUAUUUAACCGCGCGUGCUGCUGCUGAGCUCACCGAGACCUCCUCCGGUUCUGCUUGGUCCUUGAGCACAAGCGUGGCAGCAGCUGGCUUCAUUCUUCCUUUGUUUUGAUUUUUUCCCCCUUGGGCAGUCGCAGCAGCUUUCCCAGAGAAAGCCUCCCUGCGUACAAUCGGGUCCCGGCAACGUCUGUACGCGCAGUUGCAAUCGUUUGGCCCCGGCGCUGGAGAAGGCGGGAAGUUGGGGUCUGGACUCUCGUGGCCUAUUUGCAUUGGACUGCUGGGAUCUGGGAUUCAGAUCUGGGAUUCAGAUACUCCUGCGCGUCGAGAAGGCAAAGUCGGCCCAGCGAAGAGCUGGCCACCGGCUCCAAGCCGACGCUCCGCUGCAGACUGGCGUCUGCUGGUGCGAGCGAGCGUUUGCAGCCGGGCGUUACCUGCCUCCUGGGAGGGAAGGAGAGGAACCGGCAGAGACGCUGCGUUGAGGGUGGUGUCUCCCUCUCCUGCCAGGAGCAGGACGGGCACUGCCUUGUCCAAGGAUCGACUGAUGGUAGGACAGGUUUAGAGGGAAACCAUGCGAAAGGCAGCUAAAAUCCCACAGAAGCGGUAGCCCGAUCCCUCCAGCCAACCUCUGCAGGGCCCGCUCCCGAUUUAUGGCAAUCGUGAGGUUCGAAGGAGAGGCAGGGAGCCCGGCUGCAGCAGCUGUGGCUAGCCCGGGCAUGAGAAGGAUGGCUCCGGAUCGGGUCCCGCAUGCCUGUGCCACAAGUGGGGCCAGCGCAAUGUGGGGCUGGGCUUACCAUCCCCAGGCUGCUGUGGUUCCUCGUCCCCGCAGGGGCAGCCGGGCCAGCGAGCACGAGCUGCCCACAGGCACCGGGGGGAUGUUACUGUGGGAUGCAGGACGCACCAGCUGCACGAUGCAAGAGGUGACAGCGGGGACUGGCCCUGCUGAGGGCACAGGCUGCGGGCUGGGGCUGGCCUUCGCCUGCGCUGCAAGAGAAGGAGGAGAAAAAUAUAGAUUUCCUUUUGCUUUCGGAAUGGAAAAAACAGAUUAGAGAUAGCUUUAGUGGGUGAAUGAAACAUGCUUUUGUUUUUGUUUUGUUAUAAAUGGACAGCUCUGUUGAGAAGCUGAAAUCCCAAAGUCUUUCCUCCAACUUUAAUCGUGGACGACUUGCAGGAUCGGAUUGUGCGUGUUGGUCUGGGCUGUGGCGAGGUUUGUGGAAAAGGUUCCCUGGCUGCCCUGCGGGAAGGAGCAGCAGAGGCACUUGGGCUCUUUUAUGGCGGUGUCUUACAGGAGUAUCCCUGACUUUCCCGAUCUCCGGGGCCAACGCUGCUGUCCCCACAUGCUGCGGUGGGGUCGGCUGGGCCCAUGUUUGGAGCCCAGGGGGGCACAAGUGAAGGUGGCAGGUCCUGGCAGCAGGCGCAGCGCAGGAGGGAGGCAGAGCCUGGGGCCAGGCUGAGGGUCUAGCCUCCAUGCUGGUGGCACAGGGGUGAGAUGCAAAGGGAAACUGCUUCCCUAGAGAUAUGAUUAAAAACGCUUUUUUUUGGUCAACCAGUUGGUUGGUUCUCAGAGAUGCUGGAAGGGUCAAGAAGGCGGCAAUCAGGGCAAAUGGGAUCGAACAGAAAAAGCCUGCGCCUCUGUAUCACGGCCAGGUCUCUCCCAGAGAGGGACCCUCAGCUGCGCAGCUGGGGACGUGAGGCGAUGGCGAUCCUCGGCUUGGGUUGGGCGAACCCCCGGGGUGCCUGGCACGGCAGUGCUGCCGCCGGGGCAAAGCCACCGCGGUCCAGAGCGGACUGCCCCAGCAUGGGAGGCUGCCGCGGCUGGUAGGGCUGGGGGUCGCCAGGGAAAGCCCUGCCUGGCCCCCACCUCCUUGUUGCAAUAGUUAUUUAAGGAACAAGCACCAUAGUUUUCUGGGCUUGAGGAUUUUUUUCUUUUUGUAUCUGGCUUUUCUGCAACAACCUCUUACCUGUCUCACUGGUUUGGUUUGUUUUUUCAGUGUUUUUUUUCCUUUUCUUUUUUGAGGUUUCUCUCUGCAAUCAUGAAACAUGAGCAUUCGGGUCACUUAGAGCAGGCACUGAGCAUCCCCUGGGCUGGGGGACCUUUGUCUUUUCUUUUUCUGUCCACAGGGCUUUAAAUCCACAAGUUUCUUGGAAGGCUUUUAGUCAAAGAGGUUCUGCGAUGCUCUGUGGCUGGCGGCCCCUGCCCGGUGCCAGCUGCACGGACAAGAGCAGACCAGCUCGGGAGAAGGGCUGGUGGGAUGGUCAGCACUCUGUGCAGUCCUCACUCCCCCGGCUUGUCACCCUGGGACUCAGAUGCAGGUUAUUCCAAGGGUAUUCCUGGUUUCCACCUGUCCUGGGGUUUUUUUAGGAGAAGAAAAACAAACAAAAAAACAAAAACAUGAGCAACAACGAGUGCCUUGACCAUCUCCUGUCGGCUAGGCUGGACUGUGCCCACUCCCCACACACUGGCUCCGGGCUGGUUUGCCCUGCGAGCAUGGGGUGUAGGUGGUGGUCUGAUUUAUCUGGCAGUCGUAUCUGCUUCCUUCCUUAUCCCUGUGCUGCUCAGCUGGACGUUAGCUGGAAAAUGCUGCUGGGGGGGGCAUGACAAAAAGCACCUUCUUUACUUCUUUGGUGGAGACACUGCUAGAGCGGGUGUGCUGGAGGGAACAGCUGGCUGGAGAGGAUGAAUCCAGCUGUUGAGGUUUGACAAGGCUGGGCCUGCUCCUGCCUGAGCUGAGCAGGGCUAGGCCAGACAAUCACGGGCCAGGAGGAGGCACGGGGUGCCAAACACGUGUGCCACGCUGCGCUCAGCACCCGGUGAAGAGGAGGCCCUCACAGACAGCAUUUUUCAGCUAACUUCCUUCCCCUACCCCCCUUUUUUUUAAAAAAAAAUACUGUCCUGCUACGAGGACUUGCAACCACUUCUGUUUCUUUGGCAGAGCGGCCAAUGAACACACGCACGAGCAUGCUGCAAGCCCUGCGGGGAGGGGGCCGCGGGCGCUUUGCCUAUGAGUACCACUGUACUGUACAUAGAGGAGAUGUAGGCAGAGGCUAUGGGCAAGGCGUGCGGGGUGGGAGAAGGUGCAAGCGCUGGCGCCUGGGGUCAGCCAGGCCUCCCCGUGCCGGUUCCCCAUCCCUGGCCUCUCUCGCCAUCAGCACUCACGCUUCAGGGUUUGAGCUGGGCUUGGGCUUAGGUGGCCCAGGCAGGGGCUGCUGGUGCUCAGGCCGACGAGCCGGGUCCCCCGGGCCGCAGGGCUGCCCAGCCUUGCCCCCCCCGCAGAGGCGGAGCGGUGGCGUGCACGGUGCUAGCACCCGGCGUGGCGGGAGAAACCAAGAGUUGGGGCGGUCUUUGUCGCGUGGUGCCAUGCUGGGAGAGGGAGACCAGUGCUCUGACCUAGGGCUAGGAGCAGCUGGGUGGCUUUUCCCAUAGCCUCUGUCUACAUGGGUACUUCUGCACACAACUGUCUUAAAACAACUUUUUUUUUAGUCAAUAAAAACCAUGCAUCAGAA